UUCUUUCAAACUAUUUGCUAAUUCCAUUUCUGUUCUUUAAAAAAAAAAAAUAUUUUUCUAUUCCCUUUUUCUAUUUUUAAGCUAUCAUCAUGUUUCUGACUUACUAAGUUCAAUCCAUUUAUUUAUGAUCCUAAUCUCUUGUGUGUUUGUUUUUGUGAUCUGAAUCUGUUUCAUUCCUUUUGAUGUUUGCCCUUGUUGUUCAUCAUAGAUUCACAACUUGCACUUCUUUCCAUUUCAUGCUUUGUAACUUCUCUUUCACUAAGUUCAGAACUAGUAUUAGCUGACCCACAAAUCAAAAAUUAGUCUUUUUCAAUUCUUCUUUGACCCUUUUGGUUGACUUUGAAUUUUCAUCUUGUUCUGAGUGAUUAUAACCUUUUUGGUUGAAAAGUUGAAUGAUAUGUCAUUGUAAAUUUUUGAAAGAAGUGUAUGUUUUAGUGUUAAGUUGUGGUUACUAAAAUGGUUUCAAGAUCUUAUUCAAAUCUAGUAGAGUUAGCUUCUGGUGAGGCACCAUCAUUUGGUUUAAUGAACAGAAGAAUUCCAAGGAUUAUGACAGUUGCUGGAUUGAUAUCUGAUGUUGUUGUUGUUGAUGAUGAUCAAGUGGAAAGUGUUUCCUCUGAUUUCUCAUCAUCUUCGGUUCACCGUGACCGGAUCAUAAUAGUGGCUAAUCAGCUUCCUAUUAAGGCUCAAAAGAAUCAAGAUGGCAACAGAAAUUGUUGGUCUUUUUGUUGGGAUGAGAAUUCACUACUUCAAUUGAAAGAUGGAUUAGGUGAUGAUGAUAUUGAGGUUAUUUAUGUUGGUUGCUUAAAGGAAGAUGUUAAUCCAAAUGAGCAAGAUGAGGUUUCACAGAUUCUUCUUGAGAAUUUCAAGUGUGUUCCUGUUUUUCUUCCACCUGAUAUGUUUACAAGAUACUAUCAUGGUUUUUGCAAACAACAAUUAUGGCCACUUUUUCAUUAUAUGUUGCCUUUGUCACCGGAACUUGGUGGUAGGUUUAAUAGGUCUUUGUGGCAAGCGUAUGUAUCUGUUAAUAAGAUUUUUGCUGAUAGGAUUAUGGAAGUUAUUAACCCUGAAGAUGAUUAUGUGUGGAUACAUGAUUAUCAUUUGAUGGUGUUGCCAACUUUCUUGAGGAAGAGGUUUAAUAGGGUGAAACUUGGAUUCUUUCUUCAUAGUCCGUUCCCUUCAUCGGAGAUUUAUAAAACGUUGCCUAUUAGGGAAGAGCUUUUGAGAGCUUUACUUAAUUCGGAUUUGAUCGGGUUCCAUACUUUCGAUUAUGCGCGGCAUUUUCUCUCGUGUUGUAGUCGGAUGCUAGGUCUUACGUAUGAAUCGAAGCGAGGCUAUAUUGGGCUUGAGUAUUAUGGUAGGACUGUUAAUAUCAAGAUUCUUCCUGUUGGUAUACACAUGGGUCAGAUUCAAUCGGUUUUAAGGCUGCGAGAGACCGAGGAAAAAGUUUGCGAGCUUAUUAGACAGUUUUCUGAUCAAGGGAGGACAAUGUUGCUUGGUGUAGAUGACAUGGAUAUAUUUAAGGGAAUAAGUUUGAAGCUUUUGGCAAUGGAACAACUUCUAAUUCAGCAUCCAGAGUAUCAAGGAAAAGUGGUAUUGGUUCAGAUAGCGAAUCCUGCUAGGGGACGAGGGAAAGACGUGAAAGAAAUGCAAGAUGAGACGAAGGCGACGGUGAAACGGAUCAAUGAAACGUUCGGAAAACCAGGGUAUGAUCCUGUUAUUCUGAUUGAGGAGGCACUGAAGUUUUAUGAGAGAGUUGCUUACUAUGUUGUUGCCGAGUGUUGUUUAGUCACCGCGGUAAGAGAUGGAAUGAAUCUCAUACCGUACGAAUACAUAGUUGGUCGUCAAGGAAAUGAAACAUUGGAUAAAGUUUUGGGGAUAGGUUCCUUCCCUAAAAAGAAAAGCAUGUUAGUUGUGUCCGAGUUCAUUGGAUGUUCACCGUCUCUAAGUGGAGCAAUCCGAGUGAACCCAUGGAAUGUUGAUGCUGUGGCGGAUGCAAUGGACUCGGCUUUGGGAAUGGCUGAUUCGGAAAAACAGCUAAGACAUGAAAAGCAUUAUAGAUAUGUUAGUACUCAUGAUGUCGGGUAUUGGGCUCGUAGCUUCUUACAGGAUUUGGAAAGGGCUUGUAGUGAUCAUGUACGGCGAAGAUGGUGGGGAAUCGGGUUUGGAUUGAGUUUUAAAGUUGUUGCACUUGAUCCAAACUUUAGGAAGCUCUCAAUGGAUCAUAUAGUUUCGGCGUACAAGCGGACAACAAGUAGAGCCAUCCUUCUCGACUAUGAUGGUACAUUAAUGCCUCAAGUUUCCAUUGAUAAGAGCCCAACAGGUAAAUCCAUUGAAAGUCUUAAUAGCUUGUGUAGAGAUAAGAACAACGUCGUGUUUCUUGUUAGUGCCAGAAGCCGAAAGACGCUUUCCGAAUGGUUUUCUCCUUGUGAAAAUAUGGGAAUUGCAGCUGAGCAUGGUUACUUUCUAAGAAUGAAGCGAGACGACGAAUGGGAAACUUGUGUUCCUGCAACAGAUUGCAGUUGGAAACAAAUUGCAGAGCCGGUAAUGAAACUUUAUACCGAAACAACUGAUGGAUCAACAAUUGAAGAUAAGGAAACUGCACUUGUUUGGUGGUAUGAAGAUGCAGAUCCAGAUUUUGGAUCAUGCCAAGCUAAGGAACUUCUUGAUCAUCUUGAGAGUGUGCUUGCAAAUGAACCAGUUACUGUUAAAAGUGGUCAGAAUUAUGUAGAGGUUAAACCACAGGGUGUGAGCAAGGGAUUAGUGGCGAAACGCCUACUUUCAUCAAUGCAAGAAAAGGGAAAGUCACCUGAUUUUGUUUUAUGUAUAGGAGAUGACAGGUCGGACGAAGAUAUGUUCGAGGUAAUCACGAGUUCGAUGCACGGUCCAAUAGCACCGAAGGCUGAAGUGUUCGCUUGCACCGUUUGUCGGAAACCGAGUAAGGCUAAGUACUAUCUAGAUGAUACUGCUGAAAUUGUGAGAUUGAUUCAAGGAUUAGCUUGUGUUUCAGAUAAAAAAGUUUUAUGCUAAGGUAAGAGAAAGUUAGUGAUUAAUAUUAUGCUUGCUUUUCAUACAUUUGAUGUUCCAUUAUAAGUAUGGAAGUUGUUACUGAGAUAACUUGUAAAUAUAUAUUUGGUUUUCAGUUAUAAGUUUCUGUUGUGAAGUGAGUGACUUGUUGCAAUCUGUUAUAUAGACUUUAUAAAAAA